CCUUCAAAAUCCAAGCGCAUGGCAUGUUUCUUGACACCGACCUGAAUAGCUUGACUACGGUGCUCAGCAACCUUUACGAGUUAUUUUCGAUUGCAGCGGAUAGAAUGUACAAUUACGCUAAAAGUCUGCCGAGAGGAAAGCAGCCGAAACAGAAAAUUAUGAUCGAUACUAUCCGCGAUGUUAUGCGUUUGGCGUUUGUUUUGAUGAAAAGCAAGUUGAAGCACGGUAAAUUGCGAGCAGUCAAUUAUCAAAACUCGGUCAGCAAAGCCCAGAUUAAUUGGCUUGCGGCAACAGCUUUCCAACGGGCCUUGAAGAAGAGACAAUCCGUGUAUGGCAUCAUUUUGGCAUACCUGGAUAAAUGUCUUUCCUCUUCGCAGCCUAAAUCGACGGCUGAAAAGGCUCGUAUGCAAAGAAUCAUUCGAACAAAUUGGACAAAGAAGUCUUUAGAGAUGAAUCGAGCCAUCUAGUGGUAGAUAGAGAGGAUUGGAUAUGAAAUAAGC